AUGACUCCAUCGUCGCUUCUCAUCCUCACUAUCAGUCACCACUGUGAGGGGAGUCCUCUCCCGUUGGCGCUUCAACUUUGAGCGCAAAACCUUCUUUGUUUGUUCGCACGCAUAAGCUGAACAACAACCCUUAGAAUAAUAUGGAAAUCACAAGCAGCCAUAACAGCAGUAGCAUGAUGUGGUUUUUCAAAGAUAGAGGGUUUGAUGAUAACUCUGUACAAGGAAUGUUUAGAAAAUGCAAGCGCCUUGAGGUUGUGCAUCAGGAAAGAGCUAAUGAAAAUUGGGAGUAUCUGAAUAAAAUUGGGAUUCAGGAAAGGAAAUUGCCCGCAAUUGUUUCAAAAUGCCCCAAGAUUCUUGCACUUGAUCUUAAUGAGAAAAUUGUGCCCAUGGUUGAGUGUCUCAAGACACUAGGAACAAAGCCUCAUGAAGUUGCUUCUGCCAUAGCCAAGUUCCCUCACAUACUCUCACACAGUGUGGAAGAGAAGCUCUGUCCCCUUUUGGCCUUCUUUCAGACUUUGGGUAUCCCUGAAAAGCAAAUUGGGAAAAUGAUACUGCUCAAUCCUAGGCUUAUCAGCUAUAGCAUCGAAACAAAGCUAGCGGAAAUUGUGGACUUCCUUGUUAGCCUUGGUCUCAAUAAGGAUGGAAUGAUUGGAAAAGUUAUAGUCAGGGACCCAUAUAUUAUGGGUUAUAGUGUUGAUAAGAGGCUCCGCCCUACUUCCCAGUUUCUCAAGUCAAUAGGUCUGACAGAGAUGGAUCUUCAAGCAGUGGCAGUGAAUUUCCCGGCAAUCUUGAGUAGAGAUGUGAACAAGGUUUUGGUACCCAAUUAUACAUAUUUGAAGAAAUGUGGAUUUCAUGAUAGACAGAUAGUUGCUUUGGUGGUUGGUUUUCCUCCUAUCCUGAUCAAGAGCAUCCAGAAUUCCUUAGAACCGAGGAUCAAGUUUUUGGUAGAUGUAAUGGGGAGACAAGUUGAUGAAGUCAUUGAUUAUCCUUGCUUCUUUCGCCAUGGCCUGAAGAGAAGAUUAGAGUCGCGGUACAAACUUCUAAAAGAGAGGAAUUUAAAUUGUAGCUUGAGUGAAAUGCUGGACUGUAAUAAGAAGAAGUUCCUCAUGAAGUUUGGCUUGUUAGAAGGCUACGCCUUGAGUAACUAGGUCACGUCACUGUUCUAAUUUUUUUAAUGAUUAUCAUAAUUAGUUAAAUAGUUUAUUAAUAUUUCUAUCCUCUGAUGUGGAGUCCCUUAACUUCCAAAGGUUUUUGCGAUUCCAUAUAUGUCUGACCUGUUCAAAUUCACAACCUUGUCAUCUGUUGUAACUAUGAAGAUAGGUUAUCCUUUGUAUCUAUGACUGAGUUAUGUUUGCAUGGCAUGGAUAUUUAUGAUUCCUGUGUCCAUCAUCUGGUGUUGGUGAUGAGGUCCUGUAACUCCUAUUACCGUACCUGAUUGUCUUACUGUUAAUUCCAUGUACUACCAAAAAAGGUUUGAGUAAAUUCCAACAAUAUUUGAUUGAGGGUCAUCAAAUAAUUGCUUUUACUAAUCACGUAACCUGUUACCUUACCUGAAUUGUUAUACAGUUAGUUCCAUGUACUACCAAGAAAGGUUUGAGGCAAUUCCAACAAUAUUUGAUUAUCAUCAAAUAAUUGCUUUUACUAAUCCUGUAUGACUAAUAUAUACAAAAGCAUUACAGGUCUACCUUAAGUACAAUUGAGGUCACAAUGCUUGGUUUCUGAUAUUCAAACCAAGCACAGUUGCAUGACUCUAAACGAAUUUGAAGAUUGAAAUGACUUUAGAGCAUGAGGCUCCCAACAUGUGGGACCUUGAGAAAGUAGAGGUAUGCUGUCUUAUCCCUACAGGCAGAGAGGUCUAGGAUAUGAACCUGUCACCUCCAGGCUACAAGGAAGCAUCUUCAUAAGGCAUGCCCUUAAACACACUAAAGAAUUUUAAAAAAUUGCCAUUGUCUUUUGAGGAUAAAAGUAUAGGUUUUUCUUAUUUUGUCUAAAGAACAAAUAUAGGAUUGUUUGCACAUAAACACAUGUUAGUAUAGAGAUAUAGUGUGCAUACAAUUUUUUUGCUUCAGUUGUAAGUCAUAGAGCAUUGCCUUUUCUGCAUGAUUAGGAAUUGAAAAGCGCAAUGUUGAGUAGGAUCACAGAGGGCUCAGCUAGAAGGUAUUUGCGUUUUAUCAUAAUGUAUUAUGGAGUUUGAUAAAGUUCUGAGUGUAUUUUUCCCUCACCAUCUAAGAACUUGUAAAUUCUGUCUGAUUUUACAUUUCAGAAGGGAGUAUGCACCUCACACUUGUUUAGAUAUACAUUCUGUUCCUCUUAUUAUCACGUAGCAGUUAAGGUUUUCAACAUUACUGAUGUUAG